AGCUCAGCCCUAGCAACCAUUCCCCGCCCUGCCCUAUCCCUGGCCCGCAGCCAUUGGCUGACUCCCUUAAUGUGGAUCAGCUAUUGGUCAGCCGGGACGCCGGUCAGGAAGAGUCCCCACCCUCCUGUAUAGGUUGACCCACAGUUAUUCACCUGGCUGUUCUGGCUGAGAGGAUUUCGUGGUUGUCUCCAUCCCAGAGGCUACGUGACGCCCUUCCUGGGAGCACAUAUCCAGUGUCCUCUGGGGAGCAGAGGAGCUGACUUCAGGACUGAUUGAUCAUGACUUCUAUGAAGGAACAGGCAGCAAUUAGCCGCCUCUUGAGUUUUUUACAGGAUUGGGACAAUGCUGGCAAAGUCACAAGGAGUCACAUCCUCAACAAUUUCAUUGAAAACAACCGAGGCAAGACUGCCCCUGAACUGGAGCAGGAGUUUUCCCAGGGAGCCAGCCUGUUCCUGGUACGCUUGACCACCUGGCUUAGACUCACCUAUAUGACUGGCUUGUGUUUAGAGAAGAUUCUAAAGGCCAUUGGCAUCUUCCUAUCAGCUGUAAGCAGCAAUCGGUACCUUAUAGAAUUUCUUGAGGUUGGAGGUGUCCUAACACUCUUGGAAAUACUUGGGCUGGAGAAGAUCAAGGAAGAAGACAAGAAGCAAUCCAUCAAGCUCCUUCAGGUCAUUGCAAACUGUGGCAGGAAGUACAAGGAGCUCAUUUGUGAAAGUUAUGGUGUACGAUCCAUAGCAGAAUUUUUGGCAAAGUCUAAAUCAGAAGAGACUCAGGAGGAAGUGCAGGUUCUGUUGGAUUCUUUGGUCCACGGUAAUCCCAAGUACCAGAAUCAAGUGUACAAAGGUCUAAUAGCUUUGCUGCCCUCUGCGUCGCCAAAAGCUCAGCAGCUGUCCCUGCAGACGCUCAGGACUGCCCAGUCGAUCAUUGGAACCACACACCCCAGCAUCGUGGCCUGCGUGCUGAACGUGCUGCGCACGAUGCACCUGGAAGUCCAGUAUGAAGCCAUCGAGCUGAUCAAGGACCUGGUCAAAUAUGACGUGUGCACAGCACUGCUCAAGGGCCUCGUGGCCCUGCUGAUACCUUCUGUCAAGGAGACCAGCAAACUGCAGCCCAAGAUCCUCAAUGACUCCACGGUCCUGCAGCUCACAGCCCACCUGCCGGUGUUUUUACAGCAGGCCGCGGCCGCUAAGGCUAUCGGGGUGCUGGCUCGCAGCAGCAAUAGCCUCGCAGAGCAGAUGCUGCACCUGCGUGUGGUGCACAGCCUGAUGGCCGCCAUGGGCAACACAGACCACAGCAACAGCCAGCGGCAAGCCAGCCUCACGCUGGAGUGCUUCGUGCAGAUGUUCCCAGUGGUGGAGGAGCAUGUGCGCAAGUCCAUGGGAGAGGAACUCUACAAGCUCUUCCUCAGCAACGCCGAGGACUUACACAUGAAAAUAGACAGCAUUCAGGCGGACAUCUUGGCAGCCAACGAAGUCAACGUCACCAGAGCAUUAAACCUCGGUGGCCUCUCUAACAGCAACAUGGGCUUUUACCUUGGCCCUCGUGAUCAGGAGCAGCGGGACUAUAUCACACACUUCCAGGAGGAUGUGAAAGGAAAGGAGUGACAAGAGCCUCCGAGGCAGGCCAGGAAGGCCAAGGCUGUGUGGCAGAAAGCCCAGCGGCAGCCUGGAGUCCAUCUCAGGGCGAUUCCCCUUGGUCUUAGGUGGGAGGCUGGGAGUUAGGCUUGCCAGUGGGGUAGAGGGAGAACUGUCCGCUGGGAGGAGUUCAAUAAACAGUCUUGCUGUUUAUCUGUUCUCUAUGUGUGGAGAAGGGAGGGAGAUCAAAUGAGAGCAGAGCCCUAGAAGAUCUAGUCUCCCAUUACCUCUGAACUCAUCUGCUACUUGUCUCUCUCUCCCUCACUGGCUCCAGACACACUUGCUGUGUGUUUCCUAAAAUUGACAAAGAAGCUCUCACCUUAGAAUUUUGUGCUGUCUUCUGUUGAACAGUGAGAGAGGUUCUGUUAUUAGAACCUCUUACCCCAGAUAUCUAGCUGCAUGACUAACUCCCUCACCUCAUUUCAACUCUACACAAAGUCACCUUCUCAAUGAGGGCUACUCCUUUUAAGUUGCAACCCUCACUACCACUCCCUACCCAAUGGCCCCCAGUCCCGCUUAUGCUAUUUUCUCCAUAGCACUUAUUUGUUUAUUUAUAGCUAUAUAGGUACAGAUAUAUAGCUAUAUAGAGAUUUUUUUCUUUACUGAUAUAUCCCAAACACUGAGAACAAUGCCUAGCAUGCAUGAAUGAAUGACGGAGGUAUUGUGAAGGAAUUGUCCCUCAAAUCCGAGGAAAUCAAGUCAAAUGGCGGUAAUUCUCCAAAAUACCACAAGAGGGCACUACCGGCCCUGAUGUCGGUCUAAGGCGACCCAGCCUUCCCCCAAAUUAAUUUUUACCCUCAGCUUUCCUGUAUUUGGUCUGAAGGCUUAGAGUGGAGAGAAAAAUUAACCAAAUAUAGUUAUGUUUCCAUAAAGCUAAAUGGAUUUCCUAUUUUAAAGAAGUGUCCUGUCCUUUGGGGUCAAGUCAUUCUACUGUUUUUAGUCUUGAAAUGGCCCUUCUUUUGUAGAACAAUUAAAAAAAAAAAUCAGUACUCCAGAAAUUUUUUGGAAAUCUUAAUAAUUGGAAAAUCCAAAAUCUGGAAACCAGUGGUCUAAGAUAAUCAUAGUUUAAUAAAAACCAUGGAACUUUAAAAAAUGAAAUCAAGUAUAAUACAAAAAUCUAAAACGACUAUUUCUAACUUGCUCUGUGUUUACUGAGUUAUUUGAAAGUUUUAGCUAUCAUGACAUUUCACCACUAAAUAUUUCAAUAUUGUUUCUACUAAGAAUAAGGACAUUCUCCUACAUAAUUACAAUAUCUUUAUUGUGGUAGUCUGAGUAAUGACCUCUAAAUAUGUCCACAUCCUUAUCUAUGGGAUAUGUGAAUAUGUUACCUUACAUGGUAAAAGGGACUUUGCAGGUGUAAUUAAAAUAAGGGUCUUGAGAUGGGGAGAUUAUCCUAGAUCAUCCUGGUGAGCCCAAGGUAAUCACAAGGGUCUUUAAAAGAGGAAGGCCAGAGGGGUCCAGAGUUAGUAUUAGGUGAUGACACCACAGAAGAGGGUUGGAGAGAUGCGCGGAAGGGGUCAGGAGCAAAGGAAUGCAGAAAACUUCUAUAAGCUGAAAAAAGGCAAGGUAACAGUCUCUCCCCUGAAGCCUCUAGAAAGAAUGCAGCCCCAACAACGCCUCAAUUUUGGACUUCUGACCUCCAGAACUGUAAGAGAAUAAAUUUAUAUUGUUUUAAGUCACUAAGUUUGUGGUUGUUACAGCAUCAAGAAAACUAAUACAAUUAUCAAUUCAAUAUCAUCUAAAAUAUUGUACGUAUUGAAGCUUCCACAA